CCCCAUGCAAAUGCGAUCCCGAACGACGAGGUCGAGCAAGGGCAGGCUCCUUUCCGACCCAGCAGAGAAUACCCUCCAACUAAACUCCCAACUCCGUCAACUUGGCCUCUACGCCGCCAACACCCUCGGCGACGGCAACUGUCUAUUCCGCGCGCUCUCAGAUCAAUUCUACGGCACAGAGUCGCAUCAUAUGCAACUGAGGAAAGACGUGUGCGAUUGGAUCGAGAAGCAUAAGGCGAGGUACGAGCCUUUUGUCGAGGACGAGAGGGGGAUCGAUGUCCAUCUGAGACUCAUGCGCCAACCUGCUACAUACGGCGGUCAUCUCGAGUUAUCUGCAUUUGCGCAUAUGGCCCGUCGAGAUGUGAAGGUCAUCCAACCGGGUCUCGUCUACGUUAUCGAAUGGGCCUCUGGCUGGGACUCGUCUGCGCCAUCUACUACCACUACUACCGCCACCGCGUCCACCUCCACCGCUUCCGCUUCUACAUCUGCUACUUCUACGUCAGCUUCGGCUGCCACCUCAGCGUCCGCGGGGCCCUCCGAUAUACCGUCGACGGCGAGUGUUGAUGAUGCGAUGGAUGGACAGUCGAGGAGGGCGGCGAGGGCGGCAAAGAGAGAUAAGUUGAGGGCGGAGAAGGAGAUAAAGGAGACUGGUGGUGCUGGUGGGGGGAAGAAGGUCAAGAAGGAGAAGGUCGAGCAGCAGCAGGCAGGAGGGGAUGAGGAGGGAGAAGAAAGGAUGAAGAGUGGAGGGACGGUUUAUGUCGCAUACCACGACUGGGAACACUUCUCCUCCAUCCGUAACCUCCGAGGGCCCCAUCAGGGUCUCCCCCAAGUCCACGAAUGGACACUCACCUCAGCGUCAGACGUGGACGAUCUACCGCCGGCGCCACCACCGCCACCACCGACUGCGAAGAUCUCCAAAGCGAAAGCUACGCGUGCGUCGGUGAGGGCUGCUGCUGCUGCGACGAAUAACAAGACGGAAGGAUCGUCGGCGUCGGCUUCGGCGCCUCUUGUUCUUACGGGGAAGAACCCUGCGAAAGAGAAGGUUAAGGGGGAUAAGGAGAAGGAGGGAGAGAAGGCGCCGGCGAAGAUGAAGGGGAAGAGGGAGAGUCUGAGACGGACGGCGGCGAGCAAGGCCGCGUCUGCUUCUGCUUCUACUUCUUCGACGAGACAGAAGGAGGAUACGAGUUCGACGGCACCACCUACGCCUUCGCAGAUCCCUUUGCCGGGCUCGAGAUCAGUCUCGCCAUCGCAGAUUACGUUGCCUUCCACCUCCUUCACCACCGCUACCCCCACUAGUAGGGAUAGUAGCAGCACGACGGCGUCCGACUCGUCGAUGAUGACGGUGCCCCCCUUAAGUGAGAGGGAUCAUCGGAGUCCGAAGAGGACGUUCGAUGAGAGUUCGGGGGAUGGUGAGGAUUCGGAACAUAGUGCGGCGAAGAGGUCCAGGAGGGGGGAGGAUGAGGAUGGCGAGGGGGAGGCGGAGGAGGAGGACGAUGGGGAGGAAGAGGGGGAAGGGGAUGUGGAGAUGAGGUACGAGGAGGACGGGUCUGACGCGGAUGAUAUGGACGACGAGGAUGGGGAGGAAGAAGAAGGGGCGACUCGGAGGCCGCCGCCGAUAAUGAUGGACGAUGUGGAUGUGGACGUCGAUGCGGAUGCGGAUACACCGUCAUUAUCCGAGACGGCGUCGACCUCGUCCGAUACUUCUUCGUCGUCUUCGCCGCUCCCAGCACCCCCUCCAUCAGCAUCAGCUUCUGCACCGCCUGCGCCGGUAGAUAGGCCAUUGACGAGAAGACAGAGGAAGGCGCUGGGGCUGCCUAGUCCGCGGGUGGCGGAGAGGGUUGUUCGGGGUGGUGGUGCUGGGGGGAAGACCAAGGGGGCGGGGAAGAUCGUUAUCCCCGGGGGGAGGUUCAGGAAAGGUGUUGUGGGGAAGAGGGGGAAGAAGGUGGGGGGAGAGGGGGAGGAGGUGGGGGUGGUGGGGAAGGAUGGGGAGUGGAUGAGGAAUGGGGUGGGGAGGGUGGAUGUUAGGGGGUUUAGGGAGUUGAGGAUAUGAGGUGGCUUUCUUGCACUUGGAGAAUGCAAUGAUUCAUGGACGAAUGGAUGGAUGGAUGGACGGCGGACAACGGCAUCGGCCUCUUUCAAUUUGCAUCUCACACACAUCUUGCAUCUAUCUCUUCAUCCUUGCUCUUACUCUUUCAGCAAAUGUAAUUGCAUACCCCCCAACCACGCAUGCACACACUUCACGCCAUCCAUCCUCCACCUACACAUCUUCACAGGUCGUCGUUCGUCACUCGUCACAUCGUCAUAUCGUCGCAUCCGCAUCUAUUUUGGCUCUUCUUUAUUGCAUUGCAUUGCAUCGCAUCGUCAUUCACGUAGGCACGUAUCCAUGCAUCGCAUUCGAUUCCUCUGUAUUCUUUUCCCAUAUUUCUUCUGCCCACGGCCCUUCUACACCUCCAUAUCCCUGCGCUGAUUUGCGGCACUGUACCAUCACCAUCACCACCACCCACCCAACCAUACAGCCAUACAGUCAUACAAUCAAUCAACACAUCGCUUGUUUGUCCUCUCCAUCCAUCUGCCCUAAUAGGCCUGUCUAUAUCAUGUAGUUCUGCUAUCCAUCCAUCCAUCCUACUUAUUCUCCACUUCACC